UCAAAAACUUAAUUAGCCUCAUAGUUGAGAUCGCAUGAUAAGUCAUAUGUUUUAACAUGUCCCAUGAUAAGUCAUAAUUAUCCAUAGAAGUGUGCAUGCAACACAGACUCUCCAUAUACCUGGUGUAAAAAUAUUCCAUUUAAAUUUGAGGGGUAGUUAAGAUUUCCGAUGUAACCUUAAAAAACCAACUCAAUUAAAAAAGCUUUCAUGAUAUAUCGUACACUUUAAUUAACAAAUAAAAACGCAAAACAUUUUAAUAAGGAUAUUGAUCCUCCAUAUCUUCAUACCCAAAAAAGCUUUGGGUUGACCAAAAACAAUGGAACACAAAGAAAAGCUAAAAAUGAUGAGCAUAAUAUUUGUGAUAAUCUCAUUAUUAAUAUGUAAUUGUGAAGAAGAAUCUCAUAUUAUCAAAUUUCUACCUGGUUAUCCUGCCAUUCUACCGUUCACCCUUGAAACUGGAUAUAUAGGAGUAGGCAAAUUAGAAGAAGUGGAAUUAUUCUAUUACUUCAUUGAAUCAGAGAGAGAUCCUGCAAUUGAUCCUCUUUUGCUUUGGCUUACUGGAGGUCCUGGCUGCUCUGCCUUCUCUGGUCUUGUUUUUGAAAUUGGUCCACUAACCUUCAAUUACAGCGCUUCUUAUUCAUCAACCGACACACCAAAAUUUCAACUAAAUCCUUAUUCUUGGACAAAGGUAGCUAACAUCAUAUUUCUAGAUUCGCCCGUUGGAACCGGCUUCUCCUAUGGAACAACUGCAGAUGCAUACUACAGUGAUGACAUUUUGCAAUCACAAUAUAUUUAUGAAUUUUUAAGAAAGUGGCUUACAAGACAUUCUAAAUUCAAAGCAAAUCAUUUGUACGUAUCUGGGGACUCUUACUCCGGAAAAAUUGUUCCAAUCGUUGUCCAGGAAAUCUUAAAUGGGAACAAAAAUAAACUUGUGCCAAAAAUUAACAUAAAGGGAUAUAUACUAGGAAAUCCUAAGACAAGUGAUGAUGCAUUUACCAAUGGAAGACCUAAGUAUGCACAUCGAAUAUCACUAAUCUCUGAUGAACUUUAUAAGUCCGCAAGAAUAAAUUGCAGAGGUGACUUCACCAAUGUGGAAGAAGCUAAUACUUCUAAUACAAAGUGCUUAGAGUCUUUCCAAGCCAUGUUACACCUUAGAAAUGUAGUGAAUGAACCACAUGUUUUAGAGCCUAAGUGCGUCUACUUGUCUCCUAAACCACAUAAAAUGACUUUAACAAAGGACUACAUAAAACAACCAUGUCGGCCUCAACUUUAUAUGCUUUCCUACGAAUGGGCUAAUGACAUACAAGUUAGGGAGGCACUCCAUAUUCGAGAGGGUACAGUAGAUUAUUGGGUCAGAUGCAACCAUAGCUUAAAUACGUAUACACAAAAUGUACGAAGUACUGUAGACUAUCAUGAAGGUUUCAAGAAACAGUUCUUACGUGCGCUAGUCUAUAGUGGAGAUCAAGAUGCAGCAAUACCAUAUGUUAGCACGUUAGAGUGGAUCAAGCAAUUAAAUCUUUCAGUAGAUAUCAAGUGGAGCCCAUGGUUUGUUGAUGGACAAGUUGCUGGAUAUGUUACGCAAUAUUGGAGUUUCCCUUAUCGUUUAACUUUUAGUACAGUUAAGGGAGCAGGGCACACUGCACCAGAAUAUAAGCCUCGAGAAAGCCUUGCCAUGAUAGAUAGAUGGCUCGGAUUAAGCCCUCUUUAGAUAUUUUGUAUUUCUUAAUCCUAUUAUAUUUACGAAAUAAUGCAAAUCAUAAAAAGAUCUCAAGAGCUUUUUAAAUAAUAUAUAGAAUAAGUAUCAUACAUUCAUACUUGAUGUUGUUGCUAUAUGGAAAUUGAAAUUUUAAAAGUACUCUUUUACACGUUGUAAUAAAAUUUACAAUUAUAAGUAGAUUUUAUUAUUGAGAUACACGCAAAUUUGUGUUAACAUUCUAAUUAUUUUAAAUACGUAC